ACUUCUUCCCUUCACACCCAUUGCAGAAUUAUGAUUCAGGAGUGAAGAAACUUUGGUGAAUUUUCAGGUCAAGGCAGUGGGGGGAAGCAAAGAGCCAAGAGAAGUUGUGGUGCAUUGGUGGUGAAAAGCAAGGAGUGAUCUUCCAAAGAGGAUGUCUUCUCCGACAGACAACAACUCUGGGGUUGCAGCAGCAGUCAUAGUAUCGAGCUUGGUGGUAGUAGGAAAAAUCGCUUUUAUCUAUCUCCUUUGUGCAAGGAAAGCAAGGAAGCCCGUUGUGAAAGAAUUGCAGGCGAGGGAGGUUGAUGCACCAACAAUGGAGAGGUUCUUCCAAGAAAUAGCAAAAGAGAAGCCAGUCAGAUUCACCGCUCAACAGCUAUGCAGUUUCACUGCUAACUACUCGACAACACUGGGUUCUGGAGGGUUUGGAGUGGUUUACAAAGGGCUGUUCCUGAAUGGGGUCAAGAUUGCAGUGAAGGUCCUGAAUAGGAGUCCAGACAGACAAGCUGGAAAACAGUUCAUGGCAGAGGUGGGAACCAUAGGCAGAACUUACCAUAUGAAUCUAGUCAGGCUCUAUGGUUUCUGCCAUGAUCAGUUCAUGAGUGCACUUGUCUACGAAUACCUGGAAAACGGAUCCCUGGACAAGUACUUGUUCAGUGAGGCACGAGAAAUCGAGUGGGAGAAGCUGCAUCAUAUAGCAGUUGGGACAGCAAAGGGCAUAGCUUACUUACAUGAAGAAUGUGUACAAAGAAUCAUUCACUAUGACAUAAAACCUGGCAACGUUCUCCUUGAUGCUAACUUCUUUCCUAAGGUUGCAGACUUCGGGCUUGCUAAGCUUUGUAACAGGGACAACACCCACCUGACAGUCUCAGGAUAUAGAGGGACUCCAGGCUAUUCGGCCCCAGAAUUUUUACUGAAAAACCAUCCUAUAACCCAUAAAUGUGAUGUUUAUAGCUUUGGGAUGCUGUUGUUUGAGAUAGUUGGGAGGAGGAGGAAUGCCAAAGUUGGUUCUAAUGAGAGCAUGGAUUGGUUCCCCAAACAUGUUUGGGAAGAGUAUGAGAAAGGGGAUUUAGCAGCAAUGACUGUGGCCUGUGGAAUUGAAGAGAAGGACAGGGAGAAAGCAGAGAGAAUGUCUAUGGUGGCUCUAUGGUGUGUUCAGGACUCACCCGACUCAAGGCCUCUGAUGAGUGCCGUGGCAAAGAUGCUGGAGGGAGGAGUAGAAGUCAUGCCACCACCAAAACCGUUUCAUUAUCUAUACUCAGUAGGGAUGAACGUGUUCCAGCAGGCAAAUGAAACCGGUACAAGUUCAAGCUAUGCAACAAGUGAAGAAACCAAUUCAAUUUGGUACAAGGAAACCACACCAAUCAUGGCCAAGUAUGAGAUACAAGUAGCUAGUUCUUAACUUUGGAAGCACUCAAGGGAGAGAGGUUCAAGUUUCAACUAUGAAAUGAGAAGAAAAUUGUAGAGUUUGUUAAAAAAUUUGUAGUAUAAUAUUAUUGUAGUUGCCUUUGUGUUAGCUAUACACCAUGUAAGUUGAUCAUGUUUUAGGGCAAUAUGCUUAUAUAUCAUUAAGUUCAGCUAAGUUUUGAUGA